GAGGCGACUGAGUUGCUGGUGCGCGAGUCACCAAGUCACCAACUUUUCCUGUGCUCUCGGUGUCUGGCCAGAUUCCCGAAGUGUCAGCAGAGCACGGGGUGACUCCUUCGUCUACCGGUGCUCAAGACCUCCCGGUAACUUUCUUUCCCGCAGUCCAGGAGCAGAUGGGGAGGCUCCCGGUGCUGCUGCUAUGGCUAGCCUGGUGGUUGUCGCAGGCAGGCAUAGCCUGCGGUGCCGGCUCCGUGCGCCUGGCCGGCGGCCUGACGCUGGGCGGACUAUUCCCAGUGCACGCGCGGGGAGCCGCUGGACGCGCGUGCGGGGCGCUGAAGAAAGAGCAAGGCGUGCACCGGCUGGAAGCGAUGCUCUACGCGCUGGACCGCGUCAACGCUGACCCGGAGCUGCUGCCCGGCGUGCGGCUGGGCGCGCGGCUGCUCGACACCUGCUCGCGGGACACCUACGCUUUGGAGCAGGCGCUGAGCUUCGUGCAGGCGCUCAUCCGAGGCCGCGGAGACGGCGACGAGGCCAGUGUGCGCUGCCCUGGGGGAGUUCCCCCGCUGCGCUCCGCGCCUCCAGAGCGCGUGGUGGCGGUGGUGGGAGCCUCGGCUAGCUCCGUGUCCAUCAUGGUGGCCAACGUCUUGCGCCUGUUUGCGAUACCCCAGAUCAGCUAUGCCUCCACAGCCCCAGAGCUCAGUGACUCCACACGCUAUGACUUCUUCUCCCGAGUGGUGCCUCCUGACUCCUACCAGGCCCAGGCCAUGGUGGACAUUGUGCGGGCACUGGGAUGGAAUUACGUGUCUACAUUGGCCUCUGAGGGCAACUAUGGCGAGAGCGGGGUUGAGGCCUUUGUGCAGAUUUCCCGUGAGGCUGGAGGUGUCUGUAUUGCCCAGUCAAUAAAGAUUCCCAGGGAGCCAAAGCCGGGAGAGUUCCACAAAGUGAUCCGGAGGCUCAUGGAGACACCCAACGCCCGUGGCAUCAUCAUCUUUGCCAAUGAGGAUGACAUCAGGAGGGUCUUGGAGGCAACACGCCAGGCCAACCUGACUGGCCACUUCCUGUGGGUUGGCUCAGACAGCUGGGGAUCCAAGAUCUCUCCCAUCUUGAACCUAGAGGAAGAGGCUGUGGGGGCCAUCACUAUCUUGCCCAAAAGGGCUUCAAUCGACGGAUUUGACCAAUACUUCAUGACUCGUUCCUUGGAGAACAACCGCAGAAACAUCUGGUUUGCCGAGUUCUGGGAAGAGAAUUUUAACUGCAAACUAACCAGCUCCGGUGGCCAGUCAGAUGAUUCCACCCGGAAAUGCACAGGUGAGGAACGCAUCGGCCAGGACUCCGCCUAUGAGCAGGAGGGGAAGGUGCAGUUCGUGAUAGACGCUGUGUACGCCAUUGCUCACGCUCUGCAUAGCAUGCACCAAGCGCUCUGCCCAGGCCACACAGGUCUGUGCCCAGCCAUGGAGCCUACUGAUGGCCGGACGCUGCUGCACUACAUCCGAGCAGUCCGCUUCAAUGGUAGUGCAGGAACCCCAGUGAUGUUCAAUGAGAAUGGAGAUGCCCCCGGGCGCUAUGACAUCUUCCAGUACCAGGCAACCAACGGAAGCGCCAGCAGCGGCGGGUACCAGGCCGUGGGCCAAUGGGCAGAGGCCCUUAGACUGGAUAUGGAAGUUCUACGGUGGUCAGGCGACCCCCAUGAAGUGCCCCCUUCUCAGUGCAGCCUCCCCUGCGGGCCCGGUGAACGGAAAAAGAUGGUGAAGGGUGUCCCCUGCUGUUGGCACUGUGAGGCCUGCGACGGGUACCGCUUCCAGGUGGACGAGUUCACAUGCGAGGCCUGCCCAGGGGACAUGAGGCCCACCCCCAACCACACUGGUUGCCGUCCCACACCCGUGGUGCGCCUGACCUGGUCCUCUCCAUGGGCAGCUCUGCCCCUUCUCCUGGCUGUCCUGGGCAUCAUGGCUACCACCACCAUUAUGGCCACCUUCAUGCGACACAAUGACACUCCCAUAGUCCGCGCCUCUGGCCGUGAGCUUAGCUACGUGCUGCUCACUGGCAUCUUCCUGAUCUACGCCAUCACCUUCCUCAUGGUAGCCGAGCCUUGUGCAGCCAUCUGUGCUGCCCGCAGACUCUUGCUUGGCUUGGGCACCACGCUCAGCUACUCAGCCCUGCUCACCAAGACCAACCGCAUCUACCGCAUCUUUGAGCAAGGGAAGCGCUCUGUCACACCACCACCCUUCAUCAGCCCCACUUCGCAACUAGUCAUCACCUUCGGCCUCACCUCCCUGCAGGUGGUGGGAGUGAUAGCAUGGCUGGGGGCCCAGCCUCCACACAGCGUGAUUGACUACGAGGAGCAGAGGACGGUGGACCCCGAGCAGGCCAGGGGUGUGCUCAAGUGUGAUAUGUCUGAUCUGUCCCUCAUUGGUUGCCUGGGCUACAGUCUCCUGCUCAUGGUCACGUGUACAGUGUAUGCCAUCAAGGCCCGAGGUGUGCCUGAGACCUUCAAUGAGGCCAAGCCCAUCGGCUUCACCAUGUACACCACCUGUAUUAUCUGGCUGGCUUUUGUUCCCAUCUUCUUUGGUACCGCCCAGUCAGCUGAGAAGAUCUACAUCCAAACCACCACACUAACUGUGUCACUGAGCCUGAGCGCAUCAGUGUCCCUCGGCAUGCUCUACGUGCCCAAAACCUACGUCAUCCUGUUCCAUCCAGAGCAGAACGUACAGAAGCGGAAGCGCAGCCUCAAGAAGACCUCCACGAUGGCAGCCCCACCCCAGAACGAGAACGCAGAGGACGCCAAGUAGCAAGGUUGAGUGUGGGUGCCACAGGUUGCUCCCUGCCCUUUCUCUGCUUCUCCUGGCUUCAAAGUGGAAGCUGUGAAAGAUCCACAGAGACCAUCGGAGGCCAGGAAUGUGUAAAGACCAUGCCCAUGGUCUUUUCCGAAGGAAAAAGCUAAACCCCGACCACGCUGGACUUGUGCUUUCCUGGGCACGCCAACCACAUCAUUCUGCCCCUCCGACCCACUGUAAGAAAUACUGCUUCCAGGAAUCUUCCUGAAGAGAGACGAAACUGACACCUUCUGGGCAGGCAUUCAAAACCAUAGUGAAGCCAGGGCUUGGCCAGGUUGGGAUAAGAUUUAUCUUGAUCCAACACUACAACCUAGGGGCUGGCCAGGGUGUCUGUCAGAAUGUGUAAACCCCAACAAGAAAUCCAGGAUUAGAGCUGGGUGGGGGGUGCAAUCACCACAAUAGGAAACUUAGAGGUCUGAAUUUGGGGAAAUACUUCCCUGAGCAGAGCCUGUAUGAGGGUUCUGGGAACUGAGUGUGAGCCUGCAGCAGAGAGAGGAGCAGUACAGGGAACUGGGGCAGGCUUCUGUGAGGUCGCUUCCCUUGUGGUCUUUUCCCCAGGGUCAUCCAAAAGAUUGGACAGUUUUUCUCUGCUGUGUAUGUUUCCAUAGAUUACUCCAACUUGAAGAAAUGCCAACACAUUACAGUGGGUAAGAGAUGGUAAGGUAUAGCUAGACUUUGGUCAGAGUGUCCAUGAAUUGUCUUGUUUCUGCACUUAAGAGUUGUUGUUGUUGUUGUUGUUGUUGUUGUUAUUAUUAUUAUUAUUAUUAUUAUUAUUAUUAUUAUUAUUAUUAUCAUUAUCUAGAGUGAGGGUCUCACUAUGUAACUCUGGCUGUCCUAGAACUUACUAUGUAGACCAGGUUGGCCAUGAACUCACAGAGAUCUGCUGGCUUCUGCCUCCCAAGUGCUGGGAUCAAAGGUGUGUGUCACUAUGCCCAGCUUAAAAUUUUAAUUACUAGGAUGAGCACAAAAGCUCCCCUGCAUAGAGUCUUGGAGCGCCCACCUGAAAGGUGGUGGAGGCAUGUGGAGGGACUCAUGGGAACACCAUGCACGGGCUUUAGUUUUGACUAUUAGUUUUACAGAGCUGGUUUUUAGUUAGGGAACUUUUCUUUCGUCGUUUUUUGUUGUUGUUUCGUUGUUUGGGUUUUUUUUUCAUUUGUUUGUUUUAAUGUAUAGAGCUAAAUGCUUUAAUUUAUUGUGAAUUCUCCAGUAUUUAAGGUACAGAACUAAGUUUUGAAAGUAUGCUAGCUACACUUCAAUGGACAGAUGCUCCAAGGUGUAAUGAGCUUUGAUCUUGAGAUGUAAUACUUUACUUAGUAUCUUAAAGGCAACAGGCUUCUCUCUAGAACAUCUCUGCUGUUCCGCUCUUCCUCACUUGCUGUGUUCCCGGUUUCCCACGGUGCAAAGCACAGCUCAGCAUUUACUGCUGAGUGAGCUCUGAUGCUCCGUUCUGAGGCUUCUGUGCUAUGUCAACCCUCAAAGUGUGAAAUGUGUUCUCCCGGGAGAGCCUUGUCCACGUGACCGUCUGCAUGGUGUUUUUCUCCUCUGGGAUCUCUUCUAGAGUCGGUGAGCCAAGGUCUGAAUAAAGGUUUUCUUGCACUU